CAUUCACCACCACCCACCACCACCACCGAGCUCUCCACCAUUCGAGCGGUCUCCGCCAUGAUGCUCGUUCAGAAGCAACCACACUUUUCAACGCUGGGCACUUCACCCUACCUUUACUCUCAUCGCAGGCACCCGUCAGCACCACCCGUCUCUGCGGUUGUCGUUCAGCCGACACGAACUCCUGGCCUUCUGUCCCUAUCUAAACCAACGAAGAAGGAACACAAGACAGACCAUAAGGCUUCACCCAAGCCUCGACAAGCUGUUAUUGCUGUCCGGUCUCCAAAACCAGUACAUGCUGAACCAGUUCCUCCACUCAAGCCUGCGCCAGAAAUUCGCGGCCGUCAACAAGCAAAGCGACACCCUCACCAGCGCAGCUCUUCACAUGCCGCACCCUCUCGUCGUCACCAGCCGUCCCCCGAUCCGUUCAAAGCGGCCACUCCACCUGUCGUUGCACCGCCACCUAAUAAGCGCCGACAGCCCAUUCCUGUCCCGCAAAGGAAAGAGACAACCCCUCCGCCUGCCGAGGUCUCCCGUUCAGACCCAAUCCUGUCUCACAUGCCCCGCCGUAAGCCCCAGCGUUCAGCUACCCACGAUGUCUUCCCCAUCUGCGAUGACAUGACGGAGGCUGGAUCUCGACCCACUACCCCAACUCCCCGAACUCCCCGAAUCCGUCCUGAGCUCCGUCUCAAUGAACCUCGCACUCCUCCUCGUCGCUCUCGCUUGCCAGAGCCGCCACUCACAGCUCCCAUUUCUUCUGGUGCAACCCUUUCGUCUUUUCCCUUUCCCACCACUAGUCCUCCAAACUCGAGUCCAAAGCAUCGUCCUGCAAUGGCUGCCCGUCGCACCAAGCACCUUAGUGAAGGCGUUUUGAUCCCUAUCUCCUUCCUUCAGGAUUCUCCGCUUCCCGCUGCUCGUCGUAGUCAAUCAACUGAGCGUCAAGACCCAGAUGACGACGGUUACUUUGCUAGUUCUCAGUUCCAGAAUUCGCCCAGUCCAGACGAGCUUCCUCCCCCGUUGUUUGCCUGA